AUGGCGAUGGAACCGUCGACGGCUCCUCAGGCGCGAAAAACAGAGGCACAAAGCACUCCCACUCCCCGCGCAGGUGCCGGUCGACGUAGGGACAAACCUCAACUGUCCUGCGAUCUUUGUCGGCGCCGCAAACUGCGGUGCGACCGUCUGCAACCGUGUUCCACGUGUUCCUCACGGGGUCAUAAAUGCACUUACCCGGAAGAUAGCAGGCCGCCGGCUGCAAGUGCUAGUAUCCAUCAACGCCUGGUUCAACUAGAGCGUCUCGUCAUGUCCAGCGUUCGUAAGGUGAACUUCAGCCCAGAUAUGAAUCCCAUCAAUCCACAUCCCUCAUUGGCAUCACCACGCACGGAGAGCCCUUCCCUAAAUCAUUAUAACCACGGUGUAAUACACACAAGUGAUUCCGAGUUGCAAUAUGUCGGCGAUGAUCACUGGUCUGCAAUUCUAGAAAGCAUAGCAGAUCUAAAGGAUCAUUGUCGUCGACAGCCCCAGAUGAGAACACCACCCAGCUCCGACUCCCCGCAGAGUGGCGUGGAAGUCACUGCGGGGCGGCACUCGCUAUUGUUGUAUGGCGGCUGUGCGAAGAUCUCACAGAAGGAGAUCCUCGCUGCUCUUCCUCCCAAAGGCACUGUGGACCGUUACAUUUCGCGCUAUUUCAACCGCUCAGAUCUGGUAUCCGCCGCCGUCCAUGGGCCAACCUUCCUCCGUCAGUACGAGACUUUCUGGGGUAACCCUUCUGAUCUGCCAAUUGCUUGGGUCGGCCUUCUCUUUGGCAUGAUGUGCCUUGCUGUGCUGGCUUCCGAAGCCGUGGAAUUCACCGCCGAAAACGGGGCAGACCAGCAGGCUGCUCAGAUUAGCUUGUACCGCGAGAAGAUCGUACAGUCUCUGAUGCUGAGCGAGUACACCCAGUCAGGUCCUCAUGUAUUAGAGGCAAUGAUACACUAUGUGUAUAUUGAAUUUGCCCUGCAUGCGGACGCCGACAAAGAUAUCUGGUUCCUGCUUGCGAUUGAGGUGAACCUGGCAAAGCGCAUGGGCUGCCACCGGGACCCCAACAACUUCCCGGGUCUCAAGCCCCUGGAAAGCGAGAUGCGGCGCCGGUUAUGGAGCAUCGUCAUGUUAGGUGACAUCCUCAUCUCAAGUCAGAUGGGAAUGCCGCGCAUGAUCUCAGACUGGCAGUGCGACACGGCGGAGCCGCGAAACCUGAACGACACAGACUUAGACCAGGACAUGCUUGAGCUCCCACCCUCACGCCCCGAGACGGAAAUGACGACCGUUCUGGGCACAAUUGCGCGGAGAAGACUGCUGGUGGCGCUAGGUACUAUAUCCGAUAUAGCAGCCAGUGUCAAGCCAUGUGACUACAGUGAAGUUAUGCGGGCUGAGGCGAAGCUGCAUGAAGCUGCAGCCAGCAUUCCGCCGCCGCUCAGGAGGAGUCCAACAAUUGCGAGCCUUACCGACCCGCCUGAGGUCUUCAUGUCGCAGCUUUUCAUCAGCCACCUAUUCUACAAAGGCCAGAUCAUGUUGCACCGUCGCUUUGUGAUGGCGCCGACAUCAGCAAACGAUGCAUCUUUUUCGUAUUCCUGCAAGGCUUGCAUAGAGGCCUGUGUAUCCAUGUUGGAUAUUCAGCAUGUCCUGGACGAGGAAACGCGCCGCGGGGGCCGACUCGAUAGGAUGCGUUGGCGCGUAUCAUCGAUCCUCAAUCACCAGUUCUUGACAGCGACAAUGAUACUCUGCUCCCUGUUACAUAGGAGACACUGCGACCAGAGGGAGGCGGAAAUUAUGAGAGCACUUCGCCGCACCAGAGAAAUCUGGCUGCGCAACACAGUCUCUGAGGCGGCUGGAAAGGCGGCAGAUGCCAUAGAUUUUGUUUUGAGUAAGAGGGCAGGAGACGAGGGUCACCCUGAUGUGAAUCAGACCGGCGAAUUGGAUGCUCAGUUUACCUUCGACUUCAGCACUCUAGAAAGCGGCACCGUACCCAAUGAGUGGUUGAUGCUGACUUCCAACGGAGCAAUGUGGUAG